CAGUCUCAGUUCCCGCAGUGCGCCCUCGCCGUCGACACACGCGUGCACCGCCCCAACACCUGUCCAGGUAGCUCGGGUCAAACGCCAACCGGAGGAAUUUCGCUCUCGACGAAGGCUGCUACUGGUACUGCUACUGCUUGCUACUUGCUACUUGCGAAUCCCGCCCCCUCGUCCUUCCCCGUUUGCAUCCUGAAUCGCGAGAAGUUGAGAUCCUACAAAAUGGUCAGCGGAGGGCGAGAAUGCAUCAGCAUACACGUUGGCCAGGCUGGAGUCCAGAUGGGCAACGCCUGCUGGGAGCUCUACUGCCUGGAACACGGGAUCCAGCCCGAUGGCAUGAUGCCCUCAGACGAAUCGCAGGGGUACGUGGCCGACGACUCCUUCAACACGUUCUUCAACGAGACACGAAACGGGAAGCACGUGCCCAGGGCGGUCUUCGUCGACCUGGAGCCCACGGUCGUGGAUGAGGUCAGGACGGGGACAUACCGCGAACUCUUCUCCCCAAAUUCCCUCCUCACUGGAAAGGAAGAUGCUGCAAAUAACUACGCUCGCGGUCAUUACACAGUAGGCAAGGAACAGCUCGAGGUCGUCCUCGACACCGUCAGGAAGCAGCAGGAAGCUUGCUCCGGCCUCCAGGGCUUCCUCGUGUUCCAUUCCUUCGGGGGAGGGACUGGCUCCGGCUUCGGCUCCCUUCUCAUGGAACAUCUCUCCCUGGACUACGGCAAGAAGUCGAAACUUUGCUUCUCUAUCUAUCCGGCUCCUCAGGUAUCGACAGCUGUCGUAGAGCCUUACAAUUCCAUUCUCUUUACCCACACCACUUUGGAGCAUGCUGACGUCACCUUCAUGGUGGACAAUGAGGCCAUCUACGACCUUUGCCGCAAGGAACUCGGUAUCCAGAGGCCAACUUAUACCAACUUGAAUCGUAUGAUUGGACAGGUGGUCUCCAGCAUCACAGCAUCUCUGCGAUUCGACGGCGCACUGAAUGUCGACUUGACUGAGUUCCAGACGAACCUGGUGCCAUACCCCAGGAUUCAUUUCCCUCUGGCCACUUAUGCCCCAGUCGUGUCAGCCGAAAGAGCCCAGCACGAUAAUUUCACCGUGAGUGCAAUUACUGCCAAGUGCUUCGAGCCCUCCCACCAGAUGGUGAAGUGCGACCCCUCCCAAGGAAAGUACAUGGCCUGCUGUCUGCUAUUCCGAGGUGACGUAGUUCCCAAGGACGUCAACGCAGCCAUCGCUGAGGCCCGGACCAAGAAGAGCAUCGCGUUCGUCGACUGGUGUCCCACAGGGUUCAAGGUUGGUAUCAACUACCAGCCCCCCACAGUGGUCCCAGGAGCCGAUCUUGCCAAAGUGGACAGGGCAGUGUGCGCCCUGUCCAACACAACAGCCAUCAGAGUAGCAUGGGAACGGUUGGACCACAAGUUCGAUCUCAUGUACUCGAAGAGGGCUUUCGUCCACUGGUACGUCGGAGAGGGGAUGGAGGAAGGAGAGUUCUCGGAGGCGAGAGAGGACAUGCAGGCUCUUGAACUGGACUACGAGGAAGUGGAAAAGUCAUACGAAGAGAACACAGACGACGACGAGUAUGAAUAUUGAGUUGAAAUGCAGCUGUGGUUUGUUUACUAACGUUGGCUGAUGAUUGUAGUACCAGUCUCAAGAACGUGGAGAAUCACAGAACUAUUUAUUUAUCAUGGAUGUCUCGGUUGUGAAAAAUAAUAAUUGAAAGUUUUAUAGUGGAAAAUCAACUGUUAAUAAUGUCUAGAGUUUAUCAAAAUAUGAAACGUCUUGAUUAAGACGUGAAAGAAUCGAGGUUGCCAACCAGAGUUUUAAAUGAGUAAACAUAAAAAUCGAAUAUAUUUGUUAAGUAUGUGUGCAUUCAAGCCAAGAAUUAAUACUGUAAAUAAGAAAAGGGUGAAAGGAGAGAAUAGUGUGUGUGUGCAUAAUCUAAGUGUUUAUAAGAAUAACUUAAUAUUUCACGUCAAGACCUUGACCAAGUCACAUACUUAAAGAAGCUGUUCACAGCACAAUGCCAUAUUGUCGUGAAGAUCCUAUUCGAAGAAGAAUGGAAUGGAAGAAGGGCGUAAGUCAAAGUGAUAAAAAAAACUGUUAAUUCUGACGAUAGGUUCACCAAAGCAGAAGAUGUAUAAGGAAAAUAUAUAUUUGAAAGGUGACGGGUUUUUUUUUUGGUCGACAUAUUGAACCACCAAAGAAAAUUAUACGACUUAAAAACCGCAUUUCAUUUCAUUCCGUCGAAACUCGUGUCCUGGUGUUUUGGAUGGUGGUGUCUGGCAUCUUUGGAUGGAGGUGUUUGGCAUUUUUGAUGAGAAGUUGCCAUGGGUUGACGUAAGACGCUGGAAAAGAGAGACACGAUUACUCUGAAGUAUUUCUCCGCCGUUGAGUGUUUUGAAGCCAAAGGUGGAUAUCCUUCUCUAUCAUACUUCUGUCAAAGAAAUUCUUGCAAAAAGGUGUUCCAGUUGGUUUUUAUCUCACUUCUUUGCUAAAAUAAGUGGACGAGAAUUCGCGGAGGCACGAGAAGAUUUGGCAGCGCUUGAAAUGGAUUACAACGAGGUGGAACAGAACCCAGGCACUGACACGGAAGACGAGGGAGACUACGACUACUAAGAGAAGCUUUCGAGAUCUUCAAGGACUACUUGUAUCUCCUUCCUCUUUCGCUGGGCGAGGUCUCUUAGCCCGUUUUCGCGCCGAGCCGUUCGAAAAGAGGCAUCGGAACUCUGGCAACACCUCGAGUUGCCGCGUAAACAUUGGUCAUUCAGAGGCCUGUUCUUCUUCUUCUUAUUAUUAUGUUUUGUGAUAAGUUGACCCUCAUUGGCUUUCACGUUUAAGAAAAUAAUGAUAUCUGAUAGGAAGAAGAGUUUCAGUUGAUGUGUAGAUUAACUCUGUCAUCGCAAAGUAGGUUAUUAACCUUGAUAACUAUAAUUUGCCAAGAAGAAAUCUCUUUUUAUAGAAAUGGGCUGCCAUGUUUGAUGAAAAUGAUCUUGGAUAAUUAUAAUUCAUAUUAUAACAAAUUUUCACAAAAGAUAAAUAGGUAUUUCACCAAGAAAUAAACGAAUGCUGUGUUUAAACAUUCAACAUUCAUUAAUGAGAUUAUGCUCACACAUCAAAUAAACUGAUUACCUUCAGGGUUAAGCUAUGCAUCUGAGAUGUAGAUUAUACUUUAGAAAAGCUCUUUAGGAUACGUUUUUUCUUGGGGAUGGAAUACAAUAAUAAUAUUUUCUCUAGUACUGUGAAUAUCCGUCCAGUAACCCUUAAAUGCAUCUAGGUGGAUUCAUUCUUGAGUCACUAUUUGGGGGGUAUUGUUCCAUUUUAUUCUGAAGCCUUGUUCUAUGUAAAGAAAAAAAAAAACGAAAUAUUACAAUGGCAUUCUUCCCGCUUCCUGAUCAACGAAUCCGUCCUUUUUUGAUAGACAUAAAAUAUAUAUCCUGUUUCAAGACAUUUCACGUCCUUAGGUGUAAGACGGAGAACAGUGUUUGUUGUAGUUUUUAGUCACACAGAAAUCUUCUCUUCUCUUCUCGAGACUUCCUCGUUCUCCUUCAGCUUUCUGGAAUCUGGAUCAUCGACUCUGAGAACUUCUUCCUCAUUUGCUCUCUGCUGUAAGCUGCCUUAAUCAACAUCAACCAACAGUGAAUGUCUCUUGUCAUCUGUCAUGAUCAGAAAUACACUCAACAUUUUGUU